AUGGAUCUGUCCCAGGACCAGUCAUCGGAAUGGAGCUCAGUCCAGCCCAGCUUCUCUCCACUGCUGCAGCACGACGGCUCUCAGGAAAGACUCAACCGCACCUACAGCUUUCACAGCUCUAUAAUGCUGCCCUCCACUUUCAGCUCACCCACUGCCCCUCUCCAUCAACCUCUGCCCUCUCUGCUGCCCUCCUCCCUCAUUCCUUAUUCAUCUAUAAUCUCUUCCCCUUUAUUCUCUACCACUUCGAGCUCAUCCUUACAACAAACAUCCACUUUUGUCUUCCAAGCCUCCUCCUUUCCUCUGUCUCUGCCCACCUUUUCUUCUAACGACUUGGCAGAUCUGGAGAGCAUGCUGCUCUGGACUCUCCAUGAGCCCAGCACAAUUGCUCUGAGCAUCAUGUACUGUCUGUCUUUCAUUUUGGGAUUUGUUGGGAAUUUAAUGUCCCUGCGCGUCCUCACCAACAGGCGGAGCCGGCAGUUGGCUGGCGUCAGCGCCACGCGCAGCCUCCUGGUGAACUUGGCGGUGUGUGACCUGGCCGUGGUGUGUGUGUGCAUGCCCAUCACCCUUGGCAGCCAGAUCUACACUGCCUGGGUCUACGGUGACCUUCUGUGUCGAGCCGUGCCCUUCACGCAGGCGGUUUCAGUCUCAGCCAGUGUUUUAACGCUGACAGUGAUCAGUGUGAAUCGCUACUACAGUGUUCGAUCACCACUGCGAGCUCGCUCCAUGUUUACCAGACGUCGAAUCUUGGCGACGGUGGCCGUGGUGUGGACAGUUUCAUCCAUUAUGUGCGCUCCUAUUGCAGUGAUGAACCGGCGACGAGAGAUCAGCUUUGGGACAUUUGCCAUCUUGGUCUGUCAGGAAGAGUGGCCACAGCAUCGUCUUAAACAGGGAUACAAUGUGCUGCUGUUUGUGAUGCUCUACUGCCUGCCAGUGACCUUUAACCUCACCAUAGGCUUCCUAACUGGCAGACGGCUUUGGGGAGGGAAGAAAUGUACAUUUGCUGAUCUUGAUCCUCGCAGCCAAGCUCUGCAUGCCUCACGCCUCAAGAUGCGCCAGAAGAUAGCCAAGAUGGUGGUGUGUCUGGUGCUGCUGUUUGCUGUGUCCUGGCUACCACUCUACUUGGCUGACCUUUGGAUCGACUGUGAGCAAAGGCCACCAUCUUGGCUCCUGCAGACGCGGCCAUUUGCCCAGUGGCUGGGCCUGACAAACUCCAGCCUUAACCCCAUCUGUUACUGUUUCAUAGGGGAUCUGUACCGCUCAGCAAAGGUGAUACGGAUGCGAUACUACCAAAAAGUCGCCGCUCUCUUCAGCUCCUCCUCAUUCUCUAGCUCAGCUGCAGUGGCAUCUCCUGUCACAAUGAUUACAGACACCAGAGUGACUGUUGGCGAGCGCCACCAUAUUGGUGCUGCUGCUGCUGUGGCAGCGUCUGCAUCCAUCGUCACAAUCCCCAGGCUGUUGGGCUUGGCUAGAGGCCAGGGACUGGGGCAGAAGGUCAGAGACAGUUCAGACAGCCGAGCAGGAUCCGACCACAGUAUCUCAGACUGGUGUCGGUCCAGUCCCAGUGUGUGUGACAGCUCCUUGUUCCCCUGCCAGCUCCACACACUUCAGCACUCCACACAAAGAGCAGACUUCCUGCUAACAAGAAGGCACUCUGUAAAUGAGAAUGCUGCACCAUCACCUUUAAAAAUUGAGUCUGUGGAAAUAGACAUGUUGCCUUUAAGGAGGCAUUCAGGAGACAGAAUAUAUGGUCUGUCAGCUGAUAAGAGAGACAUCAUUACUAUGGGCAGAGACACUCUCUGUUACACUGGGCAGCACAGAAGCAAAACAUCACAAGCCUACUGUCUGGUAGGAGAUGGGGAGGUUGAAACAACCGAUAUGACCAGUCUGUGA